UUUGGGUUUUUCCACCUUUUCUAAUUCUCUAGAGUACUCAGUUGGAAAUAGUUCAACACUUCUUUCUCUUGGGAGUACCAUUGGUUGGGUGAUAAUCCCUUUUGUACUUUGUUUCCUUGCUUGUAUCACUUUUCCUUCUUGAAGUUGUGUCCUAUGGCUUGCUCUCUUGAUGUUGGUUUUGGUCGUCCUUUUUUAGAUAGGGAAUCAUUUGUCAUGUCUUCUCUUCUUUCUUUAUUAGGAGACAUCCAUCUUCAUUCAAGGAGAAGAAAUAUUAGUUUUUGGUCCCCUAAUCCCUCUAAGGGUCUCUCUUGUUCAUUUUCCCUCAUUUUGGGUAGCCCUCACACUUCUAGGAACUUGAGGAAGGUUAAAAUUUCCAAGAUGGUCAAUUUUUUUGCUUGGCAAGCCUUACAUGGGAGAGUCAACACAAUGAGUUGUAUUCAAAGUCACUCUUCCUUCUUGUUGGGGCUACAGUGGUGCUUUCUUUGUAGCAAGUUGUCUGAAAAUCUGGAUCACAUCUCAGUGAGAUGCCAGUUUGCGCUUUCGACAUGGAAUUGUUUUUUGGAAGCCUUUGGUGUUUGCCUAGCUCGUUAUAGAGAUCAUCCACUCAUGUUGGGCAAGAAAAGUCAGCUUACUGUAUCAAUAACUGGAGCUACAGGCUUUAUUGGCCGAAGGCUUGUGCAAAGGCUACAUGCAGAUAAACAUAAAAUUCGAGUUUUGACACGUUCUAAAUCUAAGGCCGAGUUGAUUUUUCCGGCUGGGAAGUUUCCAGGAAUCGUGAUCGCAGAGGAGCCAGGGUGGAAAGACUGCAUCCAAGGUUCAGAUGGCGUUGUUAACUUGGCUGGGAUGCCUAUAAGUACCAGGUGGUCUAGUGAGAUCAAGAAAGAGAUCAAGCAAAGCAGGAUCAGAGUCACCUCAAAGGUUGUAAGCUUAAUUAAUGACGCACCAGAUGCAGCUCGGCCAACAGUUUUGGUUAGUGCAACAGCUGUUGGUUACUAUGGCACUAGUGAAACAGCAACAUUUGAUGAACGAAGUCCAUCCGGAAAUGACUACUUGGCCGAGGUUUGUAGGGAAUGGGAAGCAACAGCCCUGGGAGUAAACAAGAACGUCAGAGUUGCUCUUAUCCGUAUAGGUGUUGUUCUUGGUAAAGAAGGUGGUGCUUUAGCCAAAAUGAUCCCUCUCUUCAUGAUGUUUGCUGGAGGCCCUUUGGGAUCUGGAAAACAAUGGUUUUCAUGGAUUCAUUUGGAUGACAUUGUGAACUUAAUAUAUGAAGCUCUGAUCAAUCCAUCUUAUCAGGGCGUUAUAAAUGGAACGGCGCCGAACCCCGUUCCAUUGGCUGAAUUAUGUGAACGAUUGGGAGCUGCGAUGGGCAGACCUUCAUGGCUUCCCGUACCUGAAUUUGCUCUCAAAGCCGUCCUUGGAGAAGGAGCUUCUGUGGUUUUGGAAGGGCAACGGGUGCUUCCUACCAGAGCCAAGGAAUUGGGUUUUUCAUAUAAGUACCCGUCUGUGAAGGACGCACUCAAGGCCAUUCUUUCUUAAGUGCAAGUAUGAAGAAUAGCGGUGGGCCAGCAUUUUUUUAAAAAAAUUUUCUUCGGUGAGAUUUAAUGUAAUUUUAUUUUGGUUCCCUUCUCAAAUGAAAUGGAAUGCAAGAUUAAAUUGUAGUGAAGGAGAUGACAUAUUUGGUCAUAAAUUUAUGGACAUAACCCAGGCAUGAUUUCAACUACAUUGUGAGGUCUAAGAUGUGUAGACAAUGAAAGUGCUCUAUAUAUCCAG